AUGGCUGAACUGCGCUUAGCAGAAGAGGCAGCACAGCUUUUGAGCGAGGCCGUCCGGCGAGAGGCUGAGGAGGCUCAGGAUCUCCUGAACCGUGCCGGCGCCCUCCUCCAACGGGUGGAUGAGAUCGAAAGGCAGCCGAGCUUCGAGUCAUUGCUCUUGCGUGGCUUCCAUGCUCUGACAAGCUACACCCUGCAAGACUCGCGGAAUGGCGAAGCAGGUGGAGCCAAUGUACUUCAGAGGGCUGAGUACCUCUUCAAUGCUGCACUGAGUUUCAACAAAUCUUCUCCGCGCGCCCGCUUCGGGCAUGCGGUUCUGGCAGCCUCCAGGGGCGAUUGGCAGCAAGCCUUGAUCUCCUUCCGGGAGGUGCUCAUGCGUGCCGCACCGCAGAAAGGCGCCGGCGAGGUCCAAAAGCGUGCUUUGAAGAAUCUGCGCUUUGCCUUGGCCUUGUGCUUCGCAGGCCUGGGGCGGAAGGAAAAGGCCAAGAAGGCCUUGCUUGGUGUGAUUGCCAUGGAGGAGGAUGCGGAUGCCUUGUGUGGCUUAGCCUUCUUGGCCCAGCAAAAUGGUCAACAGCAACAAGCCUCCGAAUACCUUCGCCGGGCCAUGCAAGCUGGGCCAGACAAUCUCAUGGUCUAUUGCCAGGCCGCCAACCACGCCUUCUUCUGUGGCCUUGAGGCCCAGAAGGUGCACGGUGGUGACCCUGAAGAAUGGAAAAUGGCCAGCGAUCUCCUUGAUCGAGCCUUCGAAACCAAGUCCAAGCAGCUUCGUGCAGAGGUGCACUACCAGCGAGGGCGCCUGGCACAUGCUCGAGGACACUUCGCCAUUGCCAUGGACGAGCACAAGCGAUGCAUUGACAUAAUGCCCAAGCACUUAGCAGCGGUUUAUGCCUUAGCACAAUGCUACAUGGAGCAGCGCUUCUACUCUGGCACCAUCAAGCUCUUAGAAAAGACGCCAAAGGAGGUGCAGAACGAGCCUGAGGUGAUGAAGCUGCUCACAGCUGCCUAUUUGGCUACGAAUGAGCACAACAGCAAGGCCUGCACGAUGGCCAGCAAACUGGUAGAAUUGGCGCCUGAUCUGGAUGCCUGGCUCAUGAAGGCAGAGGCCCAGACGCGGGUGAAUCCACAGGAGGCGGUGGAAGCCUAUGAGCACAUCCACCAGCUCUUGCAAGACCCAAAAAUGGCGGAGCACGCGACGCUGGAGCUUUGGAACAACAUGGGCACGGUGUUGGCCUCCUAUGGUGACCCCUCCAUCGCGAAGCAAGCCUACGAGCGGGGCAUCCGUUUGGUCGAGCUGCGACUCCUGCGAAGCAGCAGUCAGAAGGAGAUCAAGGAGUUGGAGAUUGCCAAGCGCACCCUGAAAUUCAACCAGGCCUGGCUGGCAGAGACCCAUCCGAAUGAUCCAGAGCUAGCAGAGGCUAUGUCCCUCUACACCUCCUUGACCGAGGAGAAUCCCUGGUUUGCCGACGCCAUUUUGCGCCUGGGGAAGCAGUGGCAGAACCUGGGGAUGCUCGACCAAGCCAUGGCCACGUUUCGCAUGGCCAUGGAUUCCAAUUGCUUUCAGGCUCAAUUGCACUGCGCCGAAGCGCUUCGGGAAGCAGGACACUUCUCAGAAGCGGUGCGCUGGGCAGAGAAGGCCGUGGCCACCGCCAACUCCAAGGAGGAGCAUUACGCAUUGGUGUUCUUGGGAAAUUUGUACUUUGAGGCCUCCGGUUACGACAAGACCUUGGCCAAAGACAAGGAUGGCUUCCUCCUCAAAGCGAUGGAGUCUUAUGUGAAGGCACUUGAAAACCAGCACGACUGCCCUUCUGCAGCCAACGGAAUUGGUAUGGUCUUCGCGCGACGUGGCAAGGCAAAUUUGGCCAAGACGAUCUUCCAGUCGGUCCUGCAACAUAAAUCAAUGUCUGAGAACGCUUCGACAUACAUCAACCUGGCCCAUGCCUACAUGGAGACCAACGGUGCCAUUGCCCGGAAGAGAGAGAUCGAUGAUGGAGAGGUCAGUGAGGAGGAACGGGAAGACCGGAAGGCGGCCACGCGCAAGGCGAUCUCCUUGUAUGAGAUGGCCCGGAAGCUUCAGCCGGAUGAUGUCUCCGUCAACUUGUGCAUCGCCAAUUGCUACAACAAGUUGAAGGAGUAUGAUGAUGCAGCAGCCAUUUUGAGCGAAACCGCCCACAACUGGCCUUUUGAUAUUGUGGUGAAGCUCAACCAGGCAAAGAAUUGGGAGGACUGGGCAAAGCACGUGGUGAGGCGCUACGGGAGAGGCCCGGUCUUUUCCCGAGUCAUCGAUGAGCUGCGCGACGCCUUGGACCACUUGGGCUCGGCGAUUGCUGCUUGGGGCUUCGUUCUGACCUUGUGGAACCGAAGCGAUGACCGCGAGCGCCGCCUGCUGGCGCGCCGGGCCCCGGCGUAUCAAUUGGAAAAGGCCAUGACCGAUAUCCCAGGACGGAUCGAGUAUUUGAAAAUGCUCAACCGUGAGACUCGAGCGCUCUUGGCGGAGAGGAUGAAGGACCUCCGACAAAGCGACUAUAGGAUGCAAGCCGUGGACCAAGAGAGAGAACAGGCCGAGAAGAUGCAGUUGAAGAGGAGGGAAGAGGAGAAUGAAGGUGCCGAGAAGGAACGUAGAAUUGAAGCAGAGGAUCAGGCCAUUCGGCUAAUGGAACUCGGCAGAUACAUCAACUUGGGCAAGAAUUUGGAAGCUCAGAAGGACAAAGCUGCCAAGGUCAAGAAAAGGAAGACUGAGGAACCUCAUUCGAUCUCCCAGGAGACGGACGAGAAAGUCCAGAAGUCGGGGGAGGAUGACUCGGUUCCAGAGGCCAUUGAAGGAAUUUUCGAUGAUGAUGAAGUUGUUGUGCCACGUGAGAAGGAGAAGAAGGAGAAAAAGAAGAAGAAAGACAAAAAGGAUAAAAAAGACAAAGAGAAAGAGGAUAAAAAAGAUAAGAAAAAGAAGAAGGACAAGAAGGACAAGAAAAGGCAUCGUGAAGACUUAGACGCCUGA